AUGGUGACCAAUAGACAUCAAAACCCGACGGUCGACAUGGCAUCUGAGACUAAGUUUUCCUUCAACCUCCUCCCAACCAAGACAUUUUCCUUCCUUCAGGACAAAAGCACGCUACAACUACUCAUGAAAUGGUCCAUGCUAGGGCGCAUCUCAGCCCAGGCCUUCAGCUUUGACCAGAACUUCUACCCAUACAACAGCCACGACUUUACUCUGAGUUUCUUCAGAGACCCCUGUGUGCUGACCAACCUCAGGAAGAUGGAGGCUGGAGCCUGGGUUACUCUGGAGGGUGAGGUGGUGUGUGUACAGGCAGAGGUAGUGCCGUGCAGUAAGGUCAGUAUGGAGAUGUUUGACCCUCUCUACUCCAGUGGAAUCAUCACAUCCUCUGGACACAUCACCAAAUGUUUCCAUGACACACACCCUGACUACGACCUACUGAGACAGAUGUUGCAGGAGGAUGGCAGUGAGGAGUAUGGAGUGAUGGAGAGGAGAGAGUUCCUGUUCCUAGUGUUUAAACACAUGACUCUGGGAGGAGAGCUGUGUCAGUAUGAAGAUACCAUCAACCCCUACAUAGACACCACCAGAACCAUUUAUAGGGAUCUGGUCAGUGUUCAGAAGAAUCCAGAGAGCAAGGAGAUCAGUGUGGUUUCCACUGUCAUCAAAGUCUCUGCUUUGGAUGCAUCCGGUGUGUGUUACCCAGCCAGAGAAGAAGAGGAUCAGUCAUUCUCCUACCUCAUAGUGGACCCCUUCAGAAGACAUGUCUAUGUGUUCUACCACUGUUAUGGAGUAGGCGCCUUCACACUGUAACAUACACACACACCAAUGUUUAGGACAAUCUGGUAGGGGGAGUGAAUGAGUUCCUACUUCAGGGAGAAUGAGGAGAAGCUGAGUUGGCCUAUUGUCUCAGUAAGUGGCCUGCUAGGAUGGACUGUUCCGUCUACAACUACUGUCUGACUGUUCCGUCUACAGCUACUGUCUGACUG